GACUGGACGGUCGGCGAGGUGCGCGGGCGUGUUGGCUGACGGGCUGCGCAGGGCACAGGGUCGCGGUCCGCGUGGGCACCUGCCGUCCCCGCGGAGGGGACUCCCGCCAGAAGUAACCCUCUGCCUCGGAAUGGGAUACUGGCUCCUUCCGCACUUCCUGUGAUCAAGCCGGGAACUGGGCUUCUGUGGGGAUGCCUAUAAACCAUCAGAAAUCAGACUUCUCGGAGAUGGACUCCGACAUGUCACCCAGCUGCAGGCUCAGUGACUUGAGCAGAGGUGGGAGUCUGGAGAGUCGAAGCAGCAGUUCGCGGUCCAGAAGUUUCACUUUGGAUGACGAGAGCCUGAAGCACCUCACACACGAGGAGAAGGAUGUCAUCCUGUUUUUUGAAGAGACUCUCGAUUCCCUGGAAGACGACUUUGAGGARCCAGCCCUGUGUGACAGUGGUAUUCAUUGCCAUUCUCCGCAGUCUCUGGAGAGCCCUUCCAGUCACUCUGAGCCUGAAGAUGUCAUCGAUUUAGUGCAGCCAAGACCUGCAGCUGGGGACAUGGAGUGCCUUCCAGCGGUGCCCCAGGGAGCAGGGACUGGACCUGGGAAGGAGCACAUUGCUGUCCUCGAAGGCAGGAAACAAGACACUGAGAAUUCCCAAGCACCAGAGCCCACAGGUCCCGAAGCCCUUCCUCUGCCACCUUCCCUGCCUGGCACCCCAGCCCCAGCCUACCCUAGGAGGGAGCUGCCCUCCCCUUCUCCUCCAGCAGAGCACCCAAAGCUACCCCGCUCAGUCCCUACUCCGCUUGUGAUUGCUCAGAAAAUCUCCGAGAAGUUGGCAGGAAAUGAAGCCCUCUCCCCCACAUCCCCUUCRAAGGAGGGCAGGCCUGGAGAGUGGCGGACACUGACUUCUUUAGCCUCUCGGAACGGAGACCAGUUCCCCUGGCACCGACACUCRGCACAGCCUGCACCCAAGAUUCACCGCUUCCCCAGCAACAUCAGCGUGACCAACAGCUCUGGGAAGGACUUCAACAAGACCAUCUCCAAAGCAGCCGUCAAUGUGCAGGAGCGCAAAGCCCAGGUCCUGGCCAACAUCAAYGGCGUCUCUUUCCUCACCUCUGGCGACACAGAAGACCGGUCACCGAAGAGUGAUCUCACAGAGAAGAGRAGUGUCCCUGCAGAUCAGGGGACGCCCUCCUGGAGCAAGCCAGGACUGGCCAAGGAAGCUGAAGAGCCSCGAGCAGGCGGGCAGGCCAGUGGUGGUCAGCAGUCCAGAGGUGUGCAGACAGAGCAGCCCCCAGUGCUGGCCAACGGCUUCCAGAGCAUCCAUGAGGUGCUGCGGAGCGAGUCCAGUCCCUUYGUGUCUACUGGAAAGACUGUCACCUUCCGUCCAGACCCCACUCUUGCCAGCAAGCUCGCGCGCCAGAAUGCCAGCAGGAGCUUCUGUGAGCCCCGGCCGCCAGACUGUGGCCAGGACGCCAGGAAGCGGGCAGGCUCUCUCCCCAGAGCAGUGGGGUUCAGGCCCCAGGGCAUCACUGUGCAGUUCUCUGGCCGGGGCUCCACAGAGGAAGCUCGGCGGGAGGCCCUGCGCAAGCUCGGGCUACUGAAGGAGAACUUGUGAUGGAGACUAGCCCAGGAGCACCAAAGGCCCCCUGCUCAUCCGUCAGCAGGAUGGCUAAGACACCUGUUUAUUCCCCUCCCUGAAAAGGGGAUGAAAUGAAACAGUGACAGGCCCUAUGGUCCUGCAAAUUCAAGACCUGGUUGGCCUGAAAUGCACAUGUGAAGAGCAGGACCUGGGGGCCCAGCAGCUGUGGCCCUAUGAGGAGGGGAGCCAGAGACGCUGGGCCUGGGAAGUCCCGCAGGGGAGCAGGGAAUUCUGCGAGAGCCUGGACCCAUAUCUUUUCACCUUCCUUUUCCUAAGAUCUCAGAGAAUAAACUUUUAAGUCUUGUUGGCUUC